AUGGACCAGACUGCGGUCUACUGCGACGCGGGAUCGAAGACAACGGUGGACUUCGUCGGGGUUACUCGCGUCCCUGCUGUUGGAGGUGGCCAGGGCAGCUACCGUUGCACCGUCGCGCUGCUCGCAUGCGCGGAUGGCCGCAUGCUGCCACCGCGCUUCGUGUUUGCGGGCGAGCCCGACAAUGACGUGUACGCCGAAGUGUCGACCUACUGUGAGCCGGGCGUCGCUACGUUUUCGUGUCAAACGAAGGCGUGGUUUGACGAGCGUGUCAUGCUUGAGUGGAUCGAAAAGGUGUGGCAGUUUGAGGUGAGCGGACCGACCGUCCUCAUUCUGGACUGCCGUAAAGUGCACAAAUGUGCUGCCGUGCGGCAACGGCUUGCAGAAAUGGGCACCUACACUGUGUACGUCCCUGCCGGUUGUACCUCUGUGGCUCAGCCGCUAGAUGUGGGAGUCAUGUCUCCUAUCAAAAGCAGUCUAACAGCCCGUUACACCGCGCUGUACACGCACCGCCCACCGCCACGCAAGAACUGGGAACGCCGCUACGACAUGUUCCAGCGCUCCAUUCACGCGCUUGGAACUAUCACGGCAGCAACCAUCCGGGCCUCGUUCGUAGAGGCCGGUCCGUUCUUUCCAUUCGGGCCGCCGCCAAGCUCUUCGCCGGUUGUGGUGGUCUCUGCUACGGAAGUAGUUGUGUAG